UCCCCGUUCAUGCCCUGAGUGCCCCUGCGUCCGUGAGACUGUUUUGACGGCACUCUCGGUUUAGUACACCCCAGCUGCUAACGCCAAUUGUUUCGAUCGCACCGAUUUCGAGAAUGGCGACAGAAGGGGAAUCUAUUACGGACAUCUCGUCCAGACCCAUGUCGGAUCUGGACACUCGGUCCGACACCACCGAUGACGACCUCUCUCCCUCUCUUACCACCACUCAAUCGUAUGCCUCGGUACCCUCGCUACGUCCAACUUUAGACAAGACCGGAAUCACCCCGUCGUCAACGCACCUGGGUCAGCUCAACGCAGCCCGACACGGUGCGGGGACCCCCCCUCGUCCACAAGCUUCAAUGAGCGGUGCGCAGCCCGGAGGAUUGAAUCAGGAUAUUUUGGCGAAGAUGAAGGCGUUCUCCUUGUCCAGACAGGGUGCUCCCCCGGCUUUGGCGCAUGCCAAUACCACUGGUCUGGUGCCCAGGGCAUCUCCGUCGGUGUCGGGCGCGAGUCCUAUAUCGGGACAAUCCUCAUCCGUCGCAAACGGCCCAUUGGCGGGUGCUCUUUCGGGGCGUUUACCCCCGACGGCCGUCCGACCGGUUACUAAAAAUUGGGUUUCCUCGCCCUCUGUACCUCAUGGAUCGUCCCCGGGGCUCUCUCCCAAGCCUGGCGGCUUGGCCGCGAAACGUAUGAAACCGGGGCUGAAGCUCUCCGAUGCCACGGGCUCGAACGGGUCAUCAUCACCAGCCCAGUCUGCUACUGGUGCACCGGCUGCGCCCGAGACGGCAUUCAGCAAAUACUCGGAAUUCAUCGACACACAAUCGGGCACGUUGAAUUUCAAGAACAAGGCUAUCCUGCACGGCGGCGGCAUCGAAUUUUCGUCGGGUCACAGUUUCAGCAUUUCCUUAGACGAGGUCGAUCGUCUAGAUGAGUUGGGCAAGGGUAAUUACGGAACGGUUUACAAGGUUCGCCACAGCCGCCCUCACAUGCGUAAACCUGGUAUGGGACUACGAGGUAUAGUCAGUCGCACCGAAGACGGAGAUAUGGCUAUCCCCGUGGUGAAGUCGCAGGAUCAGCUCUCCGGGGUCGUCAUGGCGAUGAAAGAGAUUCGCUUGGAGCUGGAUGAGAGCAAAUUUGCACAAAUCAUCAUGGAAUUGGAAAUUCUUCAUCGCUGCGUCUCGCCAUUUAUCAUCGACUUCUAUGGCGCCUUCUUCCAGGAAGGUGCUGUUUAUAUUUGUGUUGAAUACAUGGAUGGCGGCUCAAUCGACAAAAUUUACAAGGAGGGAAUGCCCGAAAACAUCCUUCGCAAGGUUGCAUUAUCCACCGUCAUGGGCUUGAAGACUCUCAAGGACGACCACAAUAUCAUUCAUCGCGACGUGAAGCCCACAAAUAUCCUUGUCAACACGCGCGGACAGGUCAAGAUCUGCGAUUUUGGUGUGAGCGGGAACCUGGUGGCCAGUAUCGCGAAAACAAACAUUGGCUGUCAGAGUUACAUGGCGCCCGAGCGCAUUGCAGGUGGUGGUGUACAGCAGUCUGGAGCAAGUGGGGGUGGAACCUAUAGCGUCCAGAGUGAUGUCUGGAGCUUGGGUCUGUCCAUCAUUGAGUGUGCCAUUGGUCGGUACCCGUAUCCCCCGGAGACUUUCAAUAACAUCUUCAGCCAAUUGCACGCCAUUGUUCAUGGGGACGCACCGACGCUCCCGGAAACCGGCUACUCUGAAGAAGCGCACGCCUUUAUCCGCGCAUGCUUGGACAAGAAUCCGAACAACCGCCCCACUUACAGCAUGUUGCUUCGACAUCCUUGGCUCUCAUCGCUUAUGCAGCCUCCUACCGAGGCCAGCGGCGAGGAUGCACCUAACGGCUCGGCGAAGGAUGUGACCGAGGAUGAGGAAGUCGCGGCAUGGGUCAAAGAGAAGCUAGACCGGCUCCAGCGCGGCCUGCUUCAGGAAGCAAACAAACCUGCGCUGCACGCCGUUGCUCUGGAUGCCGUUCCUGGAAGUCCGCUCCUUGACGACCCUUCGACCAUUUCCGCUCAGUCUUGAUUAUUUCAUGGCGCUUUGCAGAGUCCACACCUGUGAUCUGUGCUAUUGUCCUACUUCCGUCAUGCGUGUGUUGCGUGAGGGAAUGGCACCGCUGGCGCUGGCGCCAUCUAUUUAAGCUGUCCCAUGGGGAC